CCCAUUCCCAACGCAGCUGCUGCAAAAUGGGGAGAAACGGGGUUUAAGCGAGUAGUCGAGGAAGGAGAGGUUCUCCUCACUUCCACCUCGGCUCGCUGGAGCCGAUAAGGCUGCCGCGCCCUCCCUCCCUCCCUCUCUCUCCUGCUCCCCAUGGAGUCGGCGGCGAUUGGGUCGCAGUCCCCGCUCUCCUUCCCCUCCAGCCUCUGCAAAGCAAAAGUGUCCUCUGGUUUACCAAUAUACAAUGUGAAGAUCAAGAGCAAUCACAGGCUUGAGGUGGUUUGCCGUGGGAUGUUAGCUACAAGAAAGUUUAUGCAAAGGAAAAAGAAAGAAGAAGUUUUCAAGGAUGCUGCUGAUGAGGCCGAGCAGAUGAAUUGGAGGAGAAUGAUGAGAGAGAUAGAGGAGGCAGGAUCAGCUGUACCCAUUCUGAAGACUCAGCGGAGCGGGAAAGGGCCACUUCCAAGAGAUGUUAUCCUUGGGACUCUCGUGCGGUUCAAACAACUGAAAAAAUGGAAUAUUGUCAGUGAGAUUCUUGAAUGGCUCAGAACACAGCAUUGGUGGGACUUCAGUGAGAUGGACUUCUUGAUGCUUGUGACAGCUUAUGGAAAGUUGGGGGAUUUUAGCAGGGCAGAAAGGGUCCUAAAGUACAUGAACAAGAAAGGUUACCAGCCUAGCGUCAUAUCACAAACUGGUCUGAUGGAGGCAUAUGGAAGAGGGAAGCAGUACCGUAAGGCUGAAGCAGUAUUCCGUAGGAUGCAAACAUCAGGCCCUGAACCAUCACCUGUGACAUAUCAAAUCAUCUUGAAAUCUUUAGUUGAGGGUGACAAAUAUAAGGAAGCUGAAGCUAUAUUUGAGGACCUCCUUAAUGAAAAAAGAACUUCUUUUAAGCCAGACCAGAAGAUGUUUCAUAUGAUGAUUUAUAUGUACAAGAAAGCUGGUGACUAUGCCCAGGCACGGAAGCUAUUUGCACAGAUGUCGGAGAGAAAAAUUCCACUAUCUACAGUCACUUUUAAUAGUUUGAUGUCAUUUGAGACAGACUACAAGGAAGUUUCAAGUAUUUAUGAUCAGAUGCAAAGAGCUGGAAUGAAACCAGAUGUUGUGAGCUAUUCCCUGCUCAUCAAAGCUUAUGGGAAAGCCAGAAGGGAAGAAGAAGCAUUGGCGGUUUUUGAAGAGAUGCUUGAUGCUGGAGUCAGGCCGACACGCAAAUCAUAUAACAUUUUGCUUGAUGCAUUUGCAAUAUCUGGAUUGGUAGACGAGGCUAAUACAGUUUUCAAGGCAAUGAGAAGACACAGGGUUGAGCCUGAUCUUUGCUCUUAUACAACUAUGGUCUUAGCUUAUGUAAAUGCAUCUGACAUGAAUGGAGCAGAGAAAUUCUUUCGUAGGAUUAAAGAUGAUGGUCUGAAGCCCAAUGUUGUGGUUUAUGGUACUCUGAUGAAAGGCUAUUCAAAGUUAAAUAAUGUUGAGAAAGUUAUGCGGGUGUAUGAGAGAAUGCGGAUCCAGGGUGUUGAACCCAACCAGACUAUAUAUACUACUAUCAUGGAUGCACAUGGCAGGAACUCAGAUUUUGGAAAUGCUGUCAUUUGGUUCAAAGAAAUGGAAGCUCGUGGAUACCCACCAGACCAGAAAGCAAAAAAUAUCCUACUUUCACUUGCCAACACACCAGAAGAACAACAAGAAGCGAAUGAAUUGGUAGGUAAUGGUGCAAUUCAGCUGGAAGUGAAACCUGAUAAUGAAGAGGUGGAUGAUGAUGGGCAUGAAGUUAUACAUACUGAUGCUGGAAGUCACCGUUUGCUUGACGACACACAAACAAGAAACCACGUAAAUGGUAGGAUCAGAGCUGGUAAUUAUACUUUUGAUGAGGAUGAUAACGAUGAUGACGACGAUGAUUAUGAGGAAGAGGAUGAUGAAGAGUUCAAUUUUGUUUCUUUCAAAGAUAAGAGAGAACUAAAUUUUGCAAGUUGAUGUCAUAAAUCUUGGUGUAUAUUUUUUCCACAAACUCAUGAUCACACGAUGGCCUUUCCUAUACAAAGAGACUAACUUGAAAUGUUAAUAGAAUUUGGCUCGAACCUUGAACGA